AAAAAUAAAUCAUAUUUUAACCAUUUGCUGAGAUAAUCACAUUUUUAAAGUUUUAAAAAUAUUUAAAAAAAAAGGACAGCAAAAUAGAUUUUCUGAUAAAUUAUUAAAAAAAAAUGUCAAUGUUGAAAUAUUCUUUAGAAUGUUAUUUAAUAAUACUAAAAAUAUUGUAACGUCUUUUUAAAUAAUAAUACGAAUUAUGAAUUAUAUUUAUUAAUUAUAUUCAUGCAUUUAAUUGCAAAUUAUUGAUCAAACUUGAUCGAAAAAAUGAUGUCCGGCAUAGAAACGGAUAAACACAUAGGUAAUUCUCAUUUUUCUAUUAUUUAUGGCAGAAUAGCGACACUUGGAAUGGAGAAGACUAAGACUGCGUUUUGUACAGAUAUAGAUAAAUCUGUGAUAGUGCAUAAUUUUGAAAAAAGAGGUUGGUCACAGGUUGGUCCCCAAGAUGAUUGGAAUGUUUAUUGGGCAGCCAUACAAUCAUGUAGAAAUAUUUUUAGCGUAGAGACCGGAUAUAGAAUGAAUGAUAAUCAGAUUAUAAAUCACUUUCCGAAUCAUUAUGAAUUGACCCGAAAAGAUCUUUUAGUAAAAAAUAUUAAACGUUAUCGUAAAGAUUUAGAACGAGAAGGGAAUCCUCUUGCAGAAAGAAGAAGUGGAUCAGGAAAAUAUCUUCAUUUGGAUUUCAUACCUGUUACUUUUGUUUUACCAGCAGAUUACAAUAUGUUUGUGGAGGAAUAUCGAAAGUCACCACAAAGUACUUGGAUUAUGAAACCAUGUGGGAAAUCCCAAGGGACGGGAAUAUUUCUAAUAAAUAAAUUGAGUAAAUUAAAAAAAUGGUCACGGGAAGUUCGAAACCCAUUUAAUCCAAAUCUUACCAAGGAAUCUUACGUUAUAUCUAGAUACAUAGACAAUCCACUUUUAAUUGGAGGGAAAAAAUUUGAUCUCCGUUUAUACGUUCUUGUCGCAUCUUUUCGUCCAUUAAAAGCUUAUUUAUUUAAACUUGGUUUUUGUCGUUUCUGUACUGUAAAAUAUGACACCAGUAUUCAAGAAUUGGAUAACAUUUAUGUACACUUAACUAAUGUUUCUGUACAAAAGCAUGGUGAUGAAUAUAAUAGUAUACACGGUGGAAAAUUAAGUUUACAAAAUCUACGUUUGUACUUGGAGAGUACGCGAGGGAAAAUUGUAACAGAAAAAUUAUUUUCAAAUAUCUCUUGGUGCAUUGUGCAUUCGUUAAAAGCUGUUGCACCUGUAAUGGCAAAUGAUCGUCAUUGUUUCGAAUGUUACGGUUACGAUAUUAUUAUUGAUAAUAAACUUAAACCAUGGCUCAUCGAGGUCAAUGCUUCUCCAUCACUAACAUCGACAACAGUAAACGAUCGAAUAUUAAAAUAUAAAUUAGUAGAUAAUAUUAUAUCUGUAGUUUUAUCACCAAGUGGAAUACCUGAUGUAAGAUGGAAUAAACGUCCACGUCCAGAAGCAUUAGAUAAUUUUGAACUACUUUUGGACGAAGAACUAUCGAUACAAGAGGAGAAAGUCAAUUCAAUAGAUAAAUAUCGAAAUUUAUCUGGCAAAUGGAAAUAAAUGAUAUAAUUAUAACACAUUGGCGAUAUAUUUAUGCCUUUAUACAACGGUUUUUUAAAAUAACAUAAGGAAAUCAAUAAACCAAUAUACGUAAUUUCAUUAAUUUAAAAUACAUUAAUAAAAAUUUUAUUUUUUGUACAAAUAUCUUACAAACGUACAGCGCUAUACAUUCAUACAAUUGUAAAAAAAAUAUAAACAAUGAUUUCAGUCUUCAAUACUAGACAUUAUUAAUAUAAUACGAUAGAUUCCUUCAAGGCAAUGUAAAAUGGCAGUGCGAGGUCAGAAUCUUCAAGACUCUUAAUAUAUUUUAUACAGGAUUCGAUAAUUGUGCUAUACAUUAUAAUGAUACUAUUUAAAUGAUUAUGGCACAAUUUUCUAAUUGAGCUACAUUUACAGGAACAAUGAAGUGGACGAUGUGUACAUCGGAUAAAAUUUUACAUAAUCGUUAUUAUACGUAUUUCAUAUACAUCAGACCUCAAAAUAUUUAACGAAUAUUCAAAUAUAUUUAUGAUGUAUUAAUUGAAAAUUUUCUAUUUACAUAUUACAUAGUAUAGAGAAAAAUUCUCCUGAAUAUUACAAUAUAACUACAAAAUGGUUUUUCGUAUGCAAUCGUUUUACUGUUACGAUAUAUUUAAUAUUUCAUUCAUGCAUCCUUAUCUUGUAUGUACAAAUUACAAUAACAUGGUUCAAUUUAUAUCUAAAUGUUUUGUAAAUUUUUUUAGGCAUUCAUUACUUAAAAUACUUUUAAUAUUAUUAGCUUAUUAAUGUAGAUAUCAAAUAAUGCUUGCAUGCUGCCUUUUUUGUAUUAAAUUACUUCAAAACCUGAUAUGUUUAUUAUUUCAAAUUAUGUGUUUAAUUCUAUAUACUUAUGUACAUGUAUGUAUCAGAAGUUAAGACUUUCUAUAAAAGAACAGAGAUCUCUGAUCAUAAAAUGAAUAAUAAAAUAUAUAAUGCAGCCUUUGGUUGAAUUCUACCGUACCUAAAAAACAUGCGGAUGUGCUUAAGAGCAAUAAUAUAUAAUGCUGUAUAUGUAUAUGUACAAGUGUAUAUACAUAUACUUAACCAUAUAGAACAAUAAUAAAAAUAAUAAUAAUGUCAUAAUUAACAAA